AUAAUCUUUAACUUUCUUUCAAGAAUAAUUAAAUAUUCAAAUACAAACAAAACAAAAUAAAAAAAGACGCUUGAAGGACUUGAAAACAGUGAUUUUUCGAUUUAGUUAUUUUCUUGUGACUUGAAAAUACUAAAAAAAAAAAUUGUUUAAAACAAAACAUACAUAUUUAAUUCAGUGUGAUAAAAAUUGAUCAAAAAAAGAACAUACUAAAAUGGAACACGCGGCGGAUUGUGGAUGUAGUCAACAUGCGUCUACAGUACAGCAGACACUUUCGGAAUUAGAUUUUGAACGCGGCAUCUGGAAUGCAGCAAUCUACAAUGAAGUCGAUAGAGUUAGAAGCUUUAUUGGCCUUGGCAAAACAAUGGAACGUGAUAACUUUGGUUAUACAGCUCUCCAUUAUGCAGCUCGAAAUGGCAACGAGGAUAUCUGCAAUCUUCUCAUAAAUGUCGGUGGUGCAGAUGUAAAUGCCGUUACAAACGGUGGUGCAACUCCACUUCAUCGAGCUGCUAUGAUGGGUCAUUUGAAUAUUGUUGAAUUACUUAUCAAAGCUAAAGCUAAUCCUCUGCUGCAAGAUGAGGAUGGACAAACAGCUCUCCAUCGUGCUGCUUCUAAUAGCCAUGUAAGCGUUACCAACUAUCUCAUCGACUUGCAACCUAAUCUAAAAAUUGUUAAAGAUAAAAAAGAUCAAAUACCAUUUGAUGUAAUUCCACGAAAUGCGAAUGAUGAUUUUAAAUUUUUGCUUAAACCUUAAAUUAUUAUUAAAAUUUAUUUUCAUUUUGCUUUGUUAAUUAUUAAAAUUAAAACUGUCCAAGAACAUUUAAAAUAUUUCAUAGAAAUAAAACAAAAAUCACCACUAACAAAAAAGUAUUACCAAAAUCUUUUUUCGUAUUUCAAUAUUUUCACAUACCUAACAUAAAAAUACAAUAAACAUACAAUUAAAAAAAACAAGAGAAAUACAUACAAAAAAUUAAAAUAAAUAAACAUACCUUAUAUAAAAUAAAUAUAUAUAUAUACAUAUGUAUAAAACUUUGUUAAGCAUGUUAAAAAGACAGGAGAAUUAAUGUGGAAAAGAAAAACAAAAACAGAAAUAUUGAAAAUAAAACAAAACUAUUUCUUUAUCUAGUAAAUGCA